ACCCACAGAGGAGUCAAAAUCCAAAAUAGCUGCAGAAAAGGGGGCAAGCAAGAAAGAGGCGUCCCCUCUCCCCCAAAAUCGAGCUCGCCGUCGCCCAAAUCAACCAGAUCGCUCUCCGCUCUGGAGCGCCCGCCGCCAUGCUUCGCCGCAGCAGCCGUAACCCCAGCCGCAGCAGCCGCAGCCAGGUGUUCGUCGACCUGGACAGCGACGACAGCGACGGCGAGGAGUGCAAAAGCAAGCGCUCUCGACCAAGCAGAAGGGAAACCGUGGAGACAUCAGAGAGCCCCCAAAAUGUAUUACCCUCCUGUGGUGAUGACCUUCUCCCAAAAAGAAGUUCAAAGCGCAUCACAAAUAGCAGGAUGGCCAAAACGAACACAAACAAGUUGGAUACCGAUAUUUUUGAAUUGUACAUGGAGGUUCUUUGGAAGCGAAUAGACGAAGAUAAGAAGAGUGCAUAUGCAUACUUUGAUUCGCUAUGGUUUAACAUGUACAACAGCGGGAAUAAUAAAUCAAACGUCCUUAAGUGGAUAAAGGCUAAGAAGAUAUUCUUAAAAAAAUAUGUUUUUGUCCCUAUUGUCUGUUGGGGACACUGGAACCUCCUUGUCUUAUUCAAUUUUGGCGAGACAAACUACUCGGAUACUAAGAAAAAACCACGUAUGCUUCUGCUGGAUUCACUCAAAACAACAAAUCCUAUAAAGUUGCGAUCAGCUAUCGAAAGAUUGGUUGUUGAUAUUUUAAAAACUGAAGAGCGGCAAGACAGCGAGCAGUUCAUAAACGAAGUCCACCUUGAGUUUCCUGAGGUGCCACAGCAAACUGGGGAUGAAUGUGGCAUAUAUGUUCUUUUCUUCAUCUACUGUUUUCUUCUAAACGAAAAACUGGGAGAAGAUUUCAGCCAGCUGUCCAAGGACGUCAUGUUCAAUUCAGAGGAACUAGAAAAAUUCCAGAAGGACAUUGACUCAUUUCAAGCGAAUAGAAAUGUAUUACCCUCGUGCAAGCCCUCUUUUGAUGAUGAUGACCACCUCUCAGAAAGAAGUUCAAAGCACAUUGCAAAUAGCAGGAGGGGCAAAACGAAAGAAGACAAGUUCGAUACUGAUAUUUUUGAAUUGUACAUGGAGGAUCUUUGGAAACGAAUAGAUGAAGAUAAGAAGAGUGCAUAUGCAUACUUUGAUUCAAUAUGGUUUUACAUGUAUAAAAGCGGGGAUAAUAAACCAAACAUCCUUAAGUGGAUAAAGGCUAAGAAGAUAUUCUCAAGACAAUAUGUUUUUGUCCCUAUUGUCUGUUGGGGACACUGGAACCUUCUUGUCUUAUGCAAUUUCGGAGAGACAAACUACUCGGAUACUAAGAAAAAGCCUCGUAUGCUUCUGUUGGAUUCACUCAAAACAACAGAUCUGGCAAAUCUGCCAUCAACCAUCAAAAGAUUCAUUGUUGAUAUUUUAAAAUCUGAAGAGCGGCCAGACAUCGAGCAGUUUAUAAAUGAAGUCCAUCUUGAAUUUCCUGAGGUGCCACGGCAAACUGGUGAUGAUAGUGGCAUAUAUGUUCUUUUCUUUAUCCACUGUUUUCUUCAAAACGAAAAACCGGGAGAAGAUUUCAGCCAGCUGCCCAAGGACGUCAUGUUCAAUUCAGAGGAAUUAGGAAAUUUCCAGAAGGACAUUGGUUCAUUUCGAGCGAAUAGGAAUACCGAAGUUGAAGAUUAGUGUGGAUGCCAGGACUGCACCAAGUAAUGGAAGAUUGGUGCUCGCUUGUUAGUUAUCAUCAGACCAUUUGACCUUCCACUAUGUCAUGGACUCCUGUGGUAAUUAGAGAAUUUCUGUGUUUCUUACCUAGCUAGCAUAAUACGUUAUCUAUGUGAGAUACAUCUUCUCUGGUAGCGACAAAUCCCGAGGAGUUGGAAGACUGCCAAGAAACUGUUGGUUACACAGUUUUUGAGCUUGGAUUUGCUACCACCCUUUUAAUCGAUUUAUAGAGAUUCGAGCUGAUGGGUUCUUA